AUAGUAUUACAUAGUAAAGCAAGUUUCUUCUCCAUCUUGACAGCAAACCAGUAACGCAUUGUAAAAAAACAGGGAAUCCCGGAUUACUGCCUUAAUAAGAACAACUGUAGAAGAUGAGUAGUGAAGCACCAGUGAUCGUGGUGGGAGCUGGUAUUAGUGGAUUAAGUGCUGCCAAAUGGCUGGAGGAGGCGGAAGUAGAUGUAGUUGUGUUAGAAGCAAGAGACCGUGUAGGUGGAAGAACACUUACGAAACGGGAUCCAUUGGUGAAAUAUGUGGAUCUUGGAGGUUCUUACGUUGGACCAACACAAAACUACGUACUGCGUGUGGCAAAGGAAUUAGGAAUUGAAACGUACAAGGUGUACGAAGAGAAAGACCAUUUAUUUUAUAAAAAUGACUCGACACGACGUUUUCGUCCAGGAUCACUUCCACCAAUCUGGAAUCCUUUAGCUCUGUUAGACUUGAACAAUAUUAUGCGUAAGAUAGACAGGAUGGGAAAAGAGAUUCCGGUAGAAGCACCUUGGAAAGCACCUCAUGCGGAAGAGUGGGAUAAAAUGACGUUUCUACAGUUUCUUAACGACACCUGCUGGACGAAAACAGUAAAGGAUUUUAGCAAGCUCUUUAUCAACGUUAACGUCACUUCAGAAGCGUAUGAGGCCUCACUUCUGUGGUUUUUAUGGUAUAUCAAGCAAUGUGGAGGAACAAAGCGGAUUUUCUCAACAACUAACGGAGGACAGGAAAGGAAGUUUGUUGGAGGUUCCCUGCAGAUUAGUGAAAAACUCGCUGCUAGGCUAAAAGGCAAGGUUGUCUUGAAUUCCCCCGUCGUGGCUAUAGAACAAGAUUCCAUGGGAGUCGUGGCUCGAACUUUGGAUGGGAGAGAGUAUAAAGGGAGCUAUAUUAUCCUAGCGGUCCCCCCGAGCCUCCAGAUGAAAAUCCACUUCACCCCAUCACUCUCCCCCUUACGAAAUCAGCUCCUACAACGAGCACCAAUGGGAACUGUGAUGAAGGUCAUCGUUUACUACAAAAGAACUUUCUGGAGGGAAAAAGGUUUUUGUGGAUCAAUGAUUAUCCAAGGAGGAGAUGAUCACCCGAUCCCCUUUACGCUGGAUGACACCAAACCUGACGGUUCCUACCCAGCUAUCAUUGGGUUUAUCCUGGCAGACAAACUACGUCGAUUAACCAAGCUAACUGGAGAAGAAAGAAAACAGUUGGUCUGUCAGAGCUUCGCCAAAGCCUUGGGCACGGAUGAAGCGUUAAAACCAGUCCAUUAUGAAGAAUACAACUGGAUGUCUGAACAGUACUCUGGAGGAGGAUACACCGCCAUGUAUCCACCGGGGGCUCUUACCAUGUAUGGAAGAGAGCUGAGAGAACCAGUUGGGAGGAUGUUCUUUGCUGGAACAGAGACUGCCACUUCCUGGUCAGGUUAUAUGAACGGUGCCAUUCAAGCAGGUGAACGCUCAGCGCGAGAGAUUUUGUAUUCCAUGGGCAAAAUUACUCGAGACAAGAUAAACCGAGAAGAACCAGUAUUUACCGAUAUUCCAGGAGUGCCUUUUACUACCACAUUCUGGGAACGUAAUUUACCAUCUGUAGGAGGAUUUCUAACAUUUAUGAGUCUGAUAACUGCCCUUGGUGCAGCUUCAGGUGCUGCUCUCUGGUAUCAUAAGUAUGCUAAGUAAGAAAUCGACACCAAAACAUUGAUGUUUAUGUAACAGGGUUUCACUUUCAAUUUAAGUCGUGUUAUUUAUAUCACAGGUGCACAUUGAAAAUUAUAAAUACCGAAUGCUAACAAAAUGUUUAUUGGGUUACAUUUAGGUUUAGAACAGAAAUUUCGUUUAAAUCUUAAGUAGGGCUUUUUGUUUCUUUAUAUUAAAAGGCGGAAAAUUUCUUUGUAGAACUUGGAUAAAGUAAUAUAUAAAGGGGUUGUUGUUGUUUUUUUGGUGUAAUUUCUUUAAUCAGGUAAUGUUGAAAUUUUGCAUGUCUUUAAUCCAUAGCGAUUUAUGCAUCAAACCUAAUUAGUCCUUAAAUCAAUAGUUACAAAACAGUGCUAAAAAACCUUUUUUUAAUUUUUGUCAUAGGUGCUACAACAAGUUCAAAACGCUCUAUCGCCAAAUUUAAACUGAUAUUGUCUGGGGUAUUAAUUUUAAGAAAUUGGGCAAAUUAAAUAAUGUAGUCAUUUUUGAAUGUUUAUUUGUAAUGCCUUUUGACGUUUACCGUGACAUAUGGCUUGUUAUUUUGAUAUUCAAACACACAUUUCAAAGUUGUGCAUACUUAAACCAAACUAAUUUCUAAACUUCAAUUGCAUGGCGCCAUCUGAGGCCAAAAUCCAGCAAACCUUUUUUUGUGUCCAUUUUUCCACAUAAAUGUGUGCCAAUACUUGUAAGCCUAAAAUGUUUUAAGUAUUUGCCGCCGAUGGAUUUUAUUUUUAUUUACCCCCCUCCCCUCCGUCCAAUAUUAUUAAUUUCAAACGUUCCACGAGUUGAAUGAUAUGAUUUGAUGUUUAUUAAGAUGACGCAAAGUGGUUGUACAACUACUUACACCCCUUUUGAAGCUAAUUGGCAGCAUUUGUUUUAUAAAUAACACGUUACUAGAUAUCUCGAAAAUGUCUGCCGUUUACAACAAAAUAUUCCACGCACUUUCAGCUGUAAGUGCGUUAUAAGAGUAACAGCCAGUCCCUUAGCAUGGAUAGUUGAUGGUAAAGUACCGCUUACUAGCUGCCUUUCUUUUGGUUAGUAGUUCAAAAUUAUGGACGGUGGCAGAUAGCGUUAUUAGCUUUGCUAUAAAUAACAAAAUAUAUAAAUGCGUUUUUAUUUUUUAUUUCCUCUGCCAUUCCUCUAGCGGUGAAACUUUAUACUUCGAGACCGCAACAGAUAACAGACUCCAUCUAAUCCAAUGCAUCACAGGAACUCGAUGUUUUACAUUGAAUAAAAACCUUUAAGCCUAACUUGAAGUUUCCAGACACAACUGACUGUGAAUUGUAGGCGCAUAAUGAAGUUAAUCAUUACAUGUAACAUUUUUCUUUUACUGUUGUGAUUAUAUAUACCGAUUGCAAAAAUUAAUCUAAGUCGCUCGCAAAUUAUAGCAGGUAACUUAAAAUCAUUUUGCUUUCCAUACUCUCAAUAGCUGCUGCUGGUACCGAGAUGACUGACAAUCGAAUAAACUUUGAUUAAAGUGAAUUUGAUUAAACCAUAAACUGAAUGUUAUCUUUAUGGAAUAAACACCUGACGACACGUAUGAAUUUCUUAAUUUCAUUUUCCAUCAACUUUAUCUAAGUGUUUGAUCAAUGUAUCUGUCAGACCACAUUUGUGAUGACGAAUAAAACUGAUUUCCACCAAACUUUUACAUCCUUCUUCCUUACAGUUUGACUGAUAACUUGUUAUUCAUAAAAAUCACAACAAUGUCAAACUUGCAAAUUACAAUUUUCCUUUUACGUUUUGUUAACCGAAUUGUAAUUGAUAUACGUUUGAACAACAGGUAAAAAAUGACUUUUGUAAACUUCAACAAUAGAAUGGCCAUUUUUCGUGUGUUAGGAAACGUUUAACUUUAAUUUCCUAGUUCGAGUGUGUCUGUCCGUGAACAACUUGAAGCAUUACGCAGUUAUUUGUCAUGUUAUACUUUAUACGAUAUUUUGCUUACAUUUUCUGACCUGUGAACUUUAAUAAUCCCGAAAUAGUUACCGUGUUACCGUAUAAGUUGUUUGUCGGUGUAACUAUAUAUGUAUUUUGGUAACAACGUGCAAAAUGUUAUGUUUUAAAGUAACUGUCAUUUUUGUGCAUGUUUUUGAAAUAAAGAUAGUUUUAUUCGUU